AUGCGCUCCGCCGUCCUGCCAGCUGGACAGCCAGAAAUUAUAAUCACUAAAAGACCGUUUAUUUUUGAGUCUGAUGUUUUUAUCUUCAUUUUGCUGGGCAGAAAGUCAGAAUAUUGGGCUGCCUGGUUCAGGGCCGGACGCUUACCUAAUCUACUGACUUGGAGCUUCAGAACCGUGGCGACAAAGGAGGCAGGAGAUGCUAAAGCAGAGUCGAGCCUCCCCUUAUCAGCCAAUCGGAGCAAGCAAAUGUCUGAAAAACCAAACUAUGCUCUUAAAUUUACUCUCGUGGGGCAUACGGAUGCAGUAUCAUCGGUUAAGUUUAGUCCUAAUGGAGAAUGGCUAGCAAGUUCUUCUGCUGACAAAGUAAUUAUAAUUUGGGGAGCCUAUGAUGGAAAGUAUGAGAAAACACUUUAUGGUCACAAUCUGGAAAUAUCAGAUGUUGCCUGGUCAUCAGAUUCCAGUCGCCUUGUUUCUGCCUCAGAUGAUAAAACGCUAAAGAUUUGGGAUGUGAGAUCUGGAAAAUGUUUGAAAACGCUGAGGGGGCAUAGUAAUUAUGUUUUUUGCUGUAAUUUCAAUCCACCAUCCAAUCUCAUCAUUUCAGGAUCUUUUGAUGAGAGUGUGAAAAUAUGGGAGGUGAAAACAGGAAAGUGCCUCAAGACUUUGUCUGCUCAUUCUGACCCAGUUUCUGCUGUUCAUUUUAAUUGUAGCGGGUCCUUGAUUGUGUCAGGUAGCUAUGAUGGUGUCUGUAGAAUUUGGGAUGCUGCAUCAGGUCAGUGUUUAAAAACACUUGUUGAUGAUGAUAACCUUCCUAUCUCUUUUGUAAAAUUUUCUCCAAAUGGAAGAUAUCUUCUAAUUGCAACUUUGGACAAUACUCUUAAACUGUGGGAUUAUAGCAGAGGCAGAUGCCUGAAAACCUACACUGGUCAUAAGAAUGAGAAAUACUGCAUAUUUGCCAAUUUUUCAGUUACUGGUGGAAAAUGGAUUGUGUCUGGUUCAGAAGAUAAUCUGGUUUACAUUUGGAACCUUCAGACUAAAGAGAUUGUACAGAAAUUACAAGGUCAUACAGAUGUUGUAAUCUCAGCAGCUUGUCAUCCUACAGAAAACAUCAUUGCAUCAGCAGCAUUAGGAAAUGACAAAACAAUUAAACUGUGGAAGAGUAACUACUAAACCCUUUAGAAAUCAAGUAGUAGAGCCAAGCUGGCAAAAAAAAAAAAAAAAAAACAAAAU